AUGUGUGACGACGACGUAGCAGCACUUGUUAUCGACAAUGGCAGUGGUAUGUGCAAAGCUGGUUUUGCAGGCGAUGAUGCACCUCGUGCAGUAUUUCCAUCGAUUGUUGGUCGACCACGUC